AUGGCGCUCUUUCGAAAAUUUUUCUAUCGUAAGCCGCCGGAUGGACUUUUGGAGAUCUCUGAAAGGGUUUUUGUCUUCGAUUGUUGCUUUACAACUGAUGUUUUGGAAGAUGAUGAUUACAAAGUGUACAUGGGAGGCAUAGUGCGUCAACUCCGUGAAUACUUUCCAGAUGCUUCAUUCAUGGUAUUUAACUUUCGAGAGGGAGAGAAUCAAAGCCAAAUAGCUAAUAUAUUAUCCGAAUACGAUAUGACUGUAAUGGACUAUCCUCGGCAGUAUGAAAAUUGCCCAUUACUGCCAAUGGAGAUGAUCCACCACUUUAUGAGAUCAAGUGAAAGUUGGCUUUCCCUGGGGCAGCGUAAUGUGCUUUUAAUGCAUUGCGAGCGUGGUGGCUGGCCGGUCCUAGCUUACAUGCUAGCCGCCCUCUUGAUUUAUAGGAAGCAGUACACUGGAGAGCAGAAAACUUUAGACAUGAUAUACAAGCAAGCACCUCGCGAGCUUUUGCAAUUGAUGUCACCAUUGAAUCCAUUACCUUCUCAAUUAAGGUACCUACAAUAUGUCUCAAGAAGGAACGUGGGCUCAGAAUGGCCACCACUCGACAGGGCGCUCACAUUAGAUUGCAUAAUUCUCAGAGCCAUUCCUAGUAUCGAUGGAGAGGGGGGUUGUCGUCCAAUAUUUCGAAUAUAUGGACAAGAUCCUUUUAUGGUUGCUGAUCGAACUCCAAAGGUGCUGUUCUCGAUGCCAAAGAGGAGCAAAACUGUUCGGCAUUACAAGCAGGCAGAUUGUGAACUUGUUAAAAUUGAUGUCCAUUGCCAUAUUCAAGGUGAUGUGGUGCUCGAGUGCAUUACCUUGGAUAAUGAUCUGGAACGUGAAGAGAUGAUGUUUCGAGUAAUGUUCAACACAGCCUUUAUUAGAUCAAAUAUUUUGAUGCUUAAUCGCGAUGAGAUUGAUAUACUUUGGAAUUCUAAGGAUCAAUUUCCCAAGGACUUUCGAACAGAGGUUCUUUUUUCAGAGAUGGACUCCACAUCUUCCCUUGUCACGAUUGAUUUGCCUGGUAUUGAGGAUAAAGAAGGUCUUCCUGUAGAAGCAUUUGCCAAAGUUCAGGAGAUUUUUAGCAAUGUGGAUUGGCUUGAUCCAAAGUCAGACAUAGCUCUGAAUAUGCUCCAGCAAAUCACAGCAUCAAAUAUUCUCCAAGAGAAAUUGGAUAGUCCCCAGAGUGCCAAAAAAUACAUAUUGGAGAGUGGUUCUCCUGAGAGUGCUAAAAAAGAAAAAAUGGAGUGUGGCUCUGCCCAGAAUGCCGGAUUAGAAAAACUGGAGAGUGACUCUUCUCAAUGUGUCCAAAAUCAAAAAUUGCUGAGUUGCUCUUCUGAGAAUACUUCAAAAGAAGAAUUGGAGGAUGGCUCCCCCCAGAGUGCUGGGAAAGAGAAGUCAGAGAGUUGCUCUCUGCUGAGUGUUAAAAAUGAAAACUCGGAGAUUUGCCUUCCCGAAAGUGCUAGAAAAGAAAAUUCAGAAAUUGGUGCUCCUCAGAGUGCUAGAAAAGAAAACUUUGAGAGUGGAUCCCCUCAGAAUAUUAGAAAAGAAAAACUUGAGGGUGGCACCCAUCAGACUGCUGUAGAUGGCCUUGAGUUUCGGGGAACAAGUUCUGAAAAAGUUGCGGAAACACCAAAAUCCAAGUCAGCAGAAAACGAUAUCACAAUUUCACGGCCCAUAGAUCCUAGGGAACAAUCUAUGCCCUCUUUGAAACCAACUGGAGACUCAAACGUGAUGACAAAGAAGAUUGAGUCCCAAGAACUCCUGGUUGCUCCUCAGAGGCAUGCUCAUUCUAAAAUCAUAGCCAAGAGAAUUCCUCAAACUUCUCUAUCAAUUCCAGCUUCAAAUUGCAGUUCCUUGCAUGGUUCUCCAGUGCCUAUCUCUAGGUACCAUAGUGCACCAUCUAUCCUUGGCAUUACAGCUCUAUUGCACGAUCAUGCUGAAUCUAAAAAUAAAGAAAGCAUCCACCUGGUGACAGGAUCCCCACAUUCUGCUGUUUCAUCUCCUCUUCCGCGUGUUCAUAGACCUGUGCAGCCAAGUGUUGUUUCCAUUCCAUCCCCACCCCAGCCACUGCCCUCAAAGCAGCUUUCUCUAGAGGCUGCAACGGUGACCAAAACUUCUUAUGCAACCCCUCCCCCCCCUCCUCCACCAGUACCACUACCUCAACCAUCACCAAUGGAGCCACCACCAAAACCAUCCAGUCAUCAUCUAUCAGUUUUAGAACCAUCACAUUCUUUACUUAAACACAAUGCUGCAGCAUCACUGAAGGGUGAAGGACAGUCCUCAUUGGUUCCUCCUCGUCCCCCACCUCCCGCCCUUUCUUUUCCAGGGGCAUCUCCAUUUCCCUUUGUCAAGAAUUCAUUUUCAACUCCCCCGCCCCCUGCUCCACCUCCUCUUUUCUUGGGAGCAGCUCCAUCUCCCACUACUAGCAACUCAUGUUCAACACCCCCUCCUCCCCCACCGCCACCCCCUGGGACUGCUUCUUCGAAUACCUGUCCAAUUACUUCUGUUCUUCCUAUGAAAAACUCAGUUGUCCCAGGCCAUCCCCAACCUCCACGUCCUCUACUCUCAGGGCCAGCCUCCGGUUCUACUGUUAGACCUUUAGCACCACCACCCCCACCUCCUCCAAGUUUUACUCCAAAGGAUCCCGUGUCUAAGAAUUCAAUGCAUAUUCCACCUGUUCCACCUCCACCAGCUCCAUUGGCCAAUGGCUUAUCAAAAGCUGCUGGUGGUUCUUCACAACCUCAUUCUACAGGUAGUAACGGAAAUAUACCUCCCAUCCCUGGACCACUUUUUUCUGCAAAGGGAAGACUGCAACCCCGCACCAGUCUCAGGAACCAGGCUCAACCCAAGAAGGCCUCCCUGAAACCAUAUCAUUGGCUGAAGUUAACUAGGGCCAUGCAAGGAAGCCUAUGGGCUGAGGCACAAAAAUCUGACGAAGCUUCCAAGGCUCCUGACUUUGAUAUGUCUGAACUUGAGAGUCUUUUCUCUGCAACCGUUCCAAAUUCAGAUCAUGGCACAGGCGGGAAAUCAAAUCGUCUUGCCUCAGGACCUAAAUCUGAUAAAGUCCAUCUGGUUGACCUUAGGAGGGCAUACAAUUGUGAAAUCAUGCUCUCCAAAGUUAAGAUUCCUUUGUCUGAUUUGAUGAGUUCAGUCCUUGCUUUGGAUGAUUCAGCACUGGACAUUGAUCAGGUUGAUAAUCUCAUAAAGUUUUGUCCGACAAAUGAGGAAAUGGAACUUCUCAAGAAUUAUAAUGGCGACAAGGAGAACUUAGGAAAAUGCGAAAAGUUUUUCGUAGAGUUGAUGAAAGUCCCACGGGUGGAGUCCAAGCUAAGAGUUUUCUCUUUUAAAAUGCAAUUUGGUUCCCAGGUUUCUGACCUUAAAAAUAGUUUGAAUCUUGUAAAUUCUGCAUCUGAAGAGGUCAGGAAUUCGGUGAAGUUAAAGAGAAUUAUGCAAACAAUUCUUUCACUGGGCAAUGCUUUGAAUCAUGGAACUGCAAGGGGUUCUGCUGUUGGAUUUCGAUUGGAUAGUCUUCUUAAACUCACUGAUACACGGGCCCGUAACAGAAAGCUGACCCUUAUGCACUAUCUUUGUAAGGUGCUUGCUGAAAAGCUACCAGAACUUUUGGAUUUCCAAAAAGACCUUGCGAGUUUGGAGGCUUCAACAAAGAUACAAUUGAAAUAUUUGGCAGAGGAAAUGCAAGCAAUUAGCAAAGGGCUGGAAAGAGUUGUACAGGAACUCUCGGCCUCAGAAAAUGAUGGUCCCGUGUCAGAAAAGUUUUGCAAGACUCUAAAGGAGUUUCUUCGUUUUGCGGAAGCUGAAGUGAGAUCAUUGGCAGCACUUUAUUCUGGAGUGGGAAGAAAUGCAGAUGCAUUGGCUUUUUAUUUUGGAGAAGAUCCAGCCCGUUGCCCAUUUGAGCAAGGUCCUCUGUUUUUAGUCUUUGUCUUCCAAAUUUUCUUGCACACUUCUGAUUCUUUGGAUCACACUGAAGGUUCAGCUGUACUGUGUUCUGGGGGCUUGGUAAUUAAGUUGCAUAUGAAGCUUUACAAACUAGAUUUGGAAAACAAAUCCUAA